AUGCGCCCCCUCGCCGUUGGCGCCCAGGCGUCGUGGUUCGGCUCUGACAAGCCUCAAUAUACGGAAUGGUCGAAUGAAGAUCUCCAAAAGUGGCUUAACGACCAUCACAUCAAUACACCGUCUCUUGAUACAUAUUCUCGCAAUGACCUCCUUGAGCUCGUCAAGUCGAAUUGGAACGGUGCAGCUGCAUGGUCCUACGACCAGUACCUCUCGGCGCAAAAGUCUUUUUCGACGCUGCGCGAUUCGGCGUUUGAUACCUGGGAUGAGUCUCGGCUUCGCGAGUUCCUAUUGGAGCAGGGAAUUGUUGCACCGAAGGGACACAAAGAGGAGCUUGUCUUGCUCGCCAAGAAUCGAUACAAGUCUUACACAGAUGCCGCCAGCUCUUUCGCAUCUCAGGCUAGCGUGACGGCGAGCUCCGCGGUGUACGGUAACGCUCAGCACCAGGCGACGCAGUCGGUGUCUAGCAUUGUGGCCCAAGCAACCUCGGGCGUACUGAGGGCCAUGGACGACAGCAAAGACUACGUGUAUUCGACUUGGGACGACAAUCAGCUCCGAGAUUACCUCGUGCAGAAGGGCGUUCUCAAGACAAAGGCGGAGAAGAAGAGGGAGGAACUUCUCGCUAUGAUGAAAGACGCGUACUACAGUGUGGUUGACCCAGUUUGGGAGGGAUGGAGUAAUUCUUUCAUCUAUGAAUGGCUUGCCUCUCACAAUGUCCUCGAUGGCCGUUCCGGAUUAGAGAAGAAUCGCGACGCGCUUUUGGCUCAAAUGUCCAAAUACUACUAUACUCCUAACUCUUACUUUUGGGAUACUUGGAGCGACAGUGACCUCAAAGCGUGGCUAGUCGAGCAUAACAUUAUCAAGGACGAUGCCAAGAUCAAGCGGGAAAAGAUGGCCAAGCUCAUUCAAGACAAUUACUACAACACACAUGAUUCGUUUUGGAACGCUUGGAGCGAUUCUCAACUCCGUCUGUGGCUCAUCGACAAUGGUUAUUUGCGCUCUGACGCGCAAGUCAAAAGAGACGAACUCGUAAAGUUGAUGAAUCAAAAGUACUCUGACGCAUCAUCACGCGCCGCGGCUUAUCUCACCUGGCCCGAUGCACGGCUUCGUGCUUUCCUCCGAGAACACGGCAUGAGUGAGAAAGAGCUUCCUACUUCUCGACCGGGUUUGCUACAGGAAACGCGUAUCAGGUAUUCGCAAAGCAAGUCUGGGGCCCAAUCAUUGUUCAACUCGAUUAGGGAUAUUGCUUACGCGGCUGGAGAGAAGGUAACUCAGGUGUGGGAGAUGUUGACUGGUAGCGCCGAGGAGAAAUUGCAGGAGGGUAAAGGCUGGUGAAGAAGCUCGGACGAAGGGUAAGCAGGAGUGGGAAAAAGCAACAGCAGAGGCAGGUCAGGCGACGAAGAAGGCACAGGAAGAAUUGUAGAGCAUCAGCGCAGACAGAGUUUUGUAGGUUAUGUCGAAGUAGCACAAUAUUGUACAUUUUCUCAUUUGAAAUCACGUGGAGACGUUGAAAAACAGAUCGUUUACGUACGUUGAACAAGAAUUUC